AUGUCUUUAGAAAAGGUUCACAUCAUUCGCAAUCCAGCUUCGGGUGCGCCUGGGACAUCGGAAAGGCUGUUGGAUCAGCAAGUCCUGCCUCUUCUCAAGAGCGCCAACCUUGAUGCUCAGGUGCACGUCACAGCAAGUCAGGGCGAUGCUACGGCUAUAGCAGCCCGACUUCUAAGCGAGACGCAGAACGCCAGACAGGAAGAAUAUGGUGGUACAAUUCCGCACGGGCUGGAUGUCAUCCUUCUGGGAGGCGAUGGGACAACGUCCGAGAUUCUGAAUGGCCUGUACAUUCCGCCAGCCGCUAGACCUAAAGACAGGCGAAACGAUGUGGAACAGGAUGCUGCCGCGUCAAGCUUGCGAUGGAAAGCGCCUUCGAUCCCCAUUCGACUGAUCAUUGUCCCUACAGGAACCAGCAACGCUUUGUACGCUGCCCUCUAUCCUUCUGACCGCGAUGCGACAUCUUCCGACGGUGAUUCCGCCACAGCCAAAGAGGACAGAUGGAGGCUUCACAGUCUCUCAUCUUACAUUCUCGCAAAGUCCCGCAAGUCGCAGUUGCAGUCGCAGUCGCAGUCGCAGUCGCAUGAUGUUUCCAGCUCUUUACUUCCGUUGACUUUGAGUGCGGUGCACAUCACCGACGACGCCCAACAGCCUUCUGGCACAUCAGAGGGCGUUUCGUCAAGGCUGAAUGCCUAUAGCCUUGCGCAUAUAGUUACUUCUCACGCACUGCAUGCUUGCAUCCUACGCGAUUCGGAAGCUUUGAGAGCGCAAGAUCCAUCCAUCGAGAGGUUCAAGAUCGCAGCUGCUCAAAAUUCUACCAUCUGGCAUCGAGGCUCGCUGCAGCUCUAUCCCGCAAGCACUUCGGGCAAAGUCAAAGUGUAUAAUCCUCGCUCGAGGCAAUUUAGAGAGGUGGAUGAGAAGGAGAAGAAAUUGCAAGGACCUUUUAGCUAUAUCGCGGCUCUCAGCACGGAUAGGCUGGAACCUUCAUUCAUUCCUGCUCCGUUUGGCUCCUUCUUACCGCAAGAGAACGUCGAAUCGGCACACCUAGCUCGUCGAGCGGACGAAUUGGAUCUUCUGAUCGUCCGACCUUUGCGCUCUCCCGCCGUACUUGCUAAGUAUCGACAAGCCCAAGACGAAGUACGAGACGAAGAAGACGACGCACCGACAUUGUUCGCAAAGACUACUUUGUCGGAGUUGACCGCUGGAAUGUAUUCUGGCGGAAAGCAUGUGGAUCUUACUUAUCCGCUCGAGGGCGCGUCCGAGACGAAGCUGGAAGAGGCUGGGAAGGGAGAGGUAGCGUUCGAAUAUUAUAGGGUUGGAGGGUACGAAUGGACGGCAGUGAGCGUCUCUUGUGAUUGCUUUGCAAGGGGUACAAAGUGCUGACACGUGCCUCGACCUCCAUUCACAUUCACCUUCUCACUCCCAGGCUCCCGAUGAUAGCAAUGCGGCUAUUGUGUGCGUCGAUGGAGCCGUGUCUCGUGCGCUCAAGACCAGAGUUGAGGUGCUGCCCACUGCUUCGGACGGAUCUGGCCAAGUGCACGUUUGGCACUGA